AAAAAUAAAAAAAAACUUGUAAACAUCACCGAAAAUUUUCGUUCCUGUUUUACAUAAAUUUUCUUCAAAAAUUAUGUCCACAAAUUCCCAAAUUGACAGUGCGACAACUGAAGAAGAACGAAGAAAGCAUCGUUACAGAGGAGGAGCUUUCUUAGGUCUUGUCGGCGGUGUAGCAGCUCUCUUUGGAUUCUCUCGAACUCUAGGCCGAGCAAAGCGUGAUGAAGCCGCAUUCAUUGCCAAGGGUGGCCGGGAAACAAUGAUUCUAAUGGAUGCUGGAUCAGCUCUCGCUUUACGUGCUCUUGGUUAUGGGACUCUAUAUGCAUUUCUAGGAACAGGAGCAUUCUGUUAUGGCGUAUGGAAACUAUCAGGAGCAAAAAAUAUGGAUGAAUUUCGUCACAAAAUGGGCUCUGGCCUACCGAGACUAACUAAAACUGAUCCACCAACAAGUCGAACAGAAUUCGAAGGAUUGACCGACUUAAUGAAAUAUUUAGCUGCUUGGGGAAAAGAAUAAAACAACUGCCUUUUUACUUAUCAACUA